AUGUCGGCCGAACAGAAAGUGGGCGACGCUGUCGCAGACGAGAAGAAGGAGAUAGUGGCGCCGGAACCUUCGAGCAUAGAGACCAAAGGGACCCCGAAGCCGGAAGUGGUCGAGGAUUUUCCUGACCCGGAUGAGGAUGAUUUGGACGAUCUCGACGCCCGCGCCCCUCCAGCGCCGGUAGCGGCAGCCGAAAAGACCACGGCAGCACCUGCACCUAGCGCGAGCGUCGAGGACGACGAUGCUCUUCUCGACGACGAGUUGGCGAAAGAACUCGAAAAGGGCAUGGCAAGCUUCUUUGGCGGACUCGAAGGCUCGAUCGCCGAAGCCACUACGGAUGUGGAUGACGAAACUGCUUCCGCUGCUGCUACCGCCGGCGUGUCCUCCGCAGCUGGCCCGACCUCGGACGCCUCUUUCCAAGACACCAUUCGCCGUACGAUGGAGAGGAUGAAGACUUCGGAGAACAAGACGACGGAAGAUCUCUCCAAGGAUGAAGGCCAAGAUAUGCUCAACGAUCUGAUGGGGCUCCUUGGGAAUGGAGCCCUUGGCGGAGAAGGCGGCACCGAUGAUCUUAAUAAGAUGCUCUUGGGCAUGAUGGAACAGCUCACAAACAAGGACAUUCUCUACGAACCUAUGAAGGAGCUACACGACCAGUUCCCUGGCUGGCUGGAGGCUAAUGGGUCCAAGUGCGCCGCCGACGACUUGAAGCGUUACGAGGAACAGCGGGUAAUUGUGGCAGACAUCGUCGCCAAGUUUGAUGAGCCCUCAUACUCGGAUUCAAAUCCUGCCCACCGUGAAUACAUUGUGGAGAAAAUGCAAAAGAUGCAAGCCGCCGGCUCUCCACCUCCCGACCUCGUCGGGGAUCUACAAUCGGCACAAGAGGCAUUAAACGCACCAAACGACGAAGCUUGUAACCCCCAGUAG